GGUGGUUCUGACGGAAUCUUUAACUAUAACAUUUAUGAAGAGAUUGGACGAGGUGGGACCUCUUUCGUGUACCGUGCAACAUGCAAACGGGGACGGCUUCGCAACCGGGACGUUGCACUGAAACAAAUGCUGCUUGUGUCCUCGGACAUCGAGGUUGCUCGCCACAAUUCCGCCGCCGCCCUGCACCAAGCACUCCAUCAUCCGUCCAUCGUAUCGUUGUUUUCCAGCUUCUCGAACUCUCGCGGCCUUUAUCAUGUCCUUGAGCUAUGUCGCAUGGGUUCACUUUCCGAAUUUCUACAGUCGCGGCAUCCACCGAUCCUUUCGGAAGAUGAAUUGAGGGGUGUGCUCAAGAAUAUCGUAGACGCCCUGAUAUACUUGAGGAGCGAGCAUAUUCUACACAGAGGUAUAACUACUUCGAACAUACAGCUGUCAGAAGGUUGCCGCGCUAAAUUGGCUGGUUUUGACCAUGCGAUCAGAUUAAACGCGGGCACUACCACCGGAUGGACCCAUAGUGGCUCGUCUAACCAUCUAGCACCAGAGAUUGUGGCUGGCGAACCGUAUGGGUUCAGUGCAGACGUGUGGUCUUUAGGAUGCCUCAUGGUAACAUGCCUUUCUGGCUUUCCAGCCUUCGAGGGUUCAGACGAUCGCGACACUACAAACAAUAUCGCAAGGAGUCGGUACAUCCUACCAGACACGAUCUCAUUCGAAGCAGAGGACCUGACUGCCGGCUUGCUUCAAAUGGAUCCUGCUGACCGUAUCCCACUUCACCGCAUUCUUCAUCAUCCGUUCUUCAACCCAGCACUUCCUGUCAAAGCGCUCUCUCCGCCUCAAACCACUCAUCAAGCCUCGAGUAAAUCCACAGCUAUGAAAGAGAACCAGGCGAUACCUCAACAAGACAAGGCCAAGCGAUACCCGCGUUCUCUCUUUAAAGGCGCACCAUCCUCCAAGCGACCUGCUGUUGACUCGACUGUAGGACGAACGUCCAGUAUGCCUAGUUUCACGAGGAAGCCAUUGGAGAAUACUACGAACCAAGAUAUACGCGGCAUGCUCAGCAACGAGCUGUCGAACCCUGUGGUGUCUCGAUCUGAUGCUAAUGACGAACGCUACAGGCGGAUUAUGUCCGCUCCAAGUUCUGGUCGAGCGAACACUCCGAGGUUCCGAAAACCCAACGCGGUCGUUCGAUUUCCCAAUCUUGAUUCUACUCCUACGACGCCGGACUUGACUUCGUGCUCUGAUUCUCCUCCGCCGGCCGUAUUCACUACUUACGAAAGACAUAGCGAUGAACAAGGUGCGCGCAAAUACAACGAUGAAGCUACUGUACACCCUUUGUUUGCCGCUCCUAAUAGUCGCAUAUCAUUGUUUCCUACACGAGGACGUAGCAAGUCCGUGUCAUCGCCAGUAUCAUCUCCCCAUCAAGAAAUGGACAAACAAUCUGCCCAACAGACGAAGCACACUACAUUGGGCGUGCCAGCGCGUUCCAGAAGUCAGUCGAUCGACAAGCCACGUCCUCACUCUCCUCCUACUGCUGCUGUCGCACUAGGGUGCACCAGGCCCAUUGCCUUCACGACGGCGUACCUUGCUCCCCAGACGCACAAGGUAGCACAGGGACAGAUCGUUGUCCUGCCGUCUGCAUCUCUGCUGGUCGAUCUACGUGAAGGUCAACGACGGAAGGGUGAGAAGGGAAAUGAGGUGUUAGUUAUCUGCCCGAACGGUCGCAAGGUUCAGGUAUUCAGUGCACCUCACUUGAGCACGCCGUGUUGCCUGGCGGAACCUCUCGCUACAUACUCCUUGGAUGACUUGCCAACAGUCUACUGGAAGUCAUACGAUGACGCAGGACGGAUCGUGAACCAUUUAAAGCAGCGGAUCCCAAAGCUUAUCCUGUACAAGCCGGACUUUAAGUGCACUCUCAUGGCGAAUGAACCAUGUGGCGAUAUUGAACUGCUGUUCUCUGCUGCCAGGUCCGAUGGCCAGAUGAAGCAGGGUGGCGAAGGUGUUUCUCCGGCUGGAAGCAGCAGAAUGCGCAUACGUCUGUGGCGGCGGCGCAAUUCGGUCGAGGUUUCGAGUUUCAUACCGGCGGCACAACCUUCUCAGGCAGGAACUGGCGAGUGGAUCAAGAAGGUCUUGCCGGCUACGGAGGAAGGCGUGCUCAUUCCUGGACAGUCGCUUGAUGCUCUGAAUCUGCAGGAGAAGACUGGCGUGAAACGCUUAACAGAAUUUCUGCUAGUCUGCACCGCUGUUGAGAGCCUCGGGCUAGAAGAUCGCACGUUCUUGCCAAGCCCUGCGCCGUUAUCGGAACACGAUCACGACAAGGCUGUUGUCAGGGUUCCGGACGACAGAGAGCUUGAUGGGCGUCGGCGCAUGGGAGCUGUCCUAUCGCGAAUUGAGAAGCAGACUGGAUUGCCACACGCGACUUCGGUGGACAGGUCUGAUACUGGUAAGCUCGGCUCCGAGGAUACUCUGGCGACGGUUGCAACGACAGCGAGCCUAAAGGUGCUACCGUCCUUUACUUUACCUCCACGGCCUUCAAAGUUCUCUCCUGUGUUGCGCCCACGAUCUGGCGAAGUUCACCUUGCUGCUGUCUCUGGCUUUGCUUCUGGUCGUGUUGCUAGGGGUCUUGGCUUGCGAGAGACACUGGACGACGACUCUGACAUUGUGGCCCAUCAAGGUGUUAUAUCCACUGGCAGUGUUAUGGAAGAUCCGAACAUUCCGGAGACAAGAUUCAUUGCUUCCACAGGAUGGUGCGUGAGAUCGCUGCGCGGCGGCGCUGAAUGUUACAGAAUUAUGUUCCAUGAUGGCGCAUCAUUGGAGGUGGAGAUGGGCAGCUCAGGCGAGGAGGCGGUGCAAUUCACAAACAGUGCGAAAGAGCCACCCAUGCGCAUGUCACGCGCUGACGCGGAGAAUAGGAUUCAUGCGCGGAUGGAAGCCUUCGAUGAGUUUGUUGUGUUGUUUUCUGAUGCUUGAUGCUGUGUUUUGUCUCAUUCCCUGUCCUUUUUUGCGAGCGAUACCCUGUGACUCCCGAUCCUCUUCAUAAUACAGUCG